CCAUGCCCAGUGCGGUAUGUAAGCCGUAGGCAAACAAGGCCAAAUUUUAUAAGCUUCUUUGGGGGCUCUCUCGAAGUUUUGUCCACAUAGCUAGUGGCGUUCUUGUGAUCGGUAACGACUACAUACCACCAACCAAUAAUCAACUACGUUGGGCACUUGACAGAAUGGCUGCAAGACUGAGCCUGAGGGUGCGAAACCGCUCCAAGAAAGGCGGCUUUAAACGUCUACCAGAGUCCAUCGAGCUCCCCACCGACGCUACUGUUGAGGAUGUGAAGCGCGCUGUGGCUAAAGAGGCCAAGGUCUCCGACUUCAACCGCAUUGGCGUCCACGACCCCAAGACCAACUCUAUUCUCAAGGAUCGCAAGGCUCUGGUCAGGGAUUUGCCUAAUGUUGUGUCUGCUGGAGAGGUGCUGGUUAAGGAUUUGGGUCCCCAAAUUGGCUGGCGGACGGUCUUCUUCAUUGAAUACUUCGGGCCGAUCCUUUUCCACUGCAUCUUCGCCGCAGGUCGAGACUACAUCUACCCCGCGCUGGGCAGCUAUCCUGGAUCCGCCUCUGGCAAGCCUAUGCCGGCCUUGACAACCAUCCAACAGCUCUCGUUCGCCCUCUUCAUCAUUCACUUUAUGAAGCGUGAGGUGGAGACCGUCUUUGUCCACCGCUUCUCGGCCAACACGAUGCCCUUUUUUGCCCUCUUCCGCAACUGCUUCCUAUAUUGGGUGUCAGCUGGCCUGGCCUGCAGCUUCGUCUUUUAUGCGCCGGCCAACUACAGCCUCUUCGGGGGCGUCCCUCUCUUCCAGGAUAUUGCUCGGUCGGAGCUGAACGUAAUAGACUACCUGGGUCUUGCGCUCUUUGUCUACGGCGAGCUCUGCAACGGCAUCGUCCACCUCCACCUCGCAAACCUGCGCGCGCCUGGUACCACCGAGAAGGGCAUUCCUUCCUGCGUCGGGAGCAGCGUGGUCACAUGCCCCAACUACAUGUUUGAGGUCAUAGCUUGGGUCGGCAUGAUUAUGGUCUCCAGGUCGUGGGCAACCGUCAUCACUAUCGUCAUGGGUGGCUACUAUAUGAUGAUCUGGUCGAUACAGAAGGAAAGGGCGCUGAGGCAGCUGUUCCCCGACAAGUACAAGAAGAAGCGUUACACUAUGCUUCCUGGUCUCAUUUAAUAUGCAUGGCUUGAUAUUGUUCAGAUCUAGUCUGACCCCUUGGUCCGGUGUUAUUUACUCGUUCCCAAGACAUUGUCGCUGGGUGGUACUUAUGGGUAGCUUGGGCGUUUGAAGAGGACAUGAUUCAUUGUGGCACUUCUGAGAGGUUACUUUGGAGCAAACGGAAGUGUGCGAGCUCAACUCCAGGUCGAAACGAUUUGUAAUAGCAUAUUGUAUCGUUGCUUAAUCAUAAUAUUGUGAGUCGUUGCACGGUGACAAGCAAAGAGUUCUCCAAAAGAAACAAGUUACAUGGUCAAGGUAAUGAGCAGUAGCUCAUUGUGCA